AUCAAAGGCGUUUGCAGCAGACCGCCCGGGUAGACGCGGAGUACAGCCGCUCCAUAACGCCUGAUGUUUGUGGAUCACGCGUCUGAUAACGGCAUCAUUUCAAGGCUUUCACAUCGACACAGCACCCCACGGCAUUGGUGCGCCAUUUAUUUCUCUUCGUCCGCCACUGAUGAUGAAGUACGCGAGCGCGGACGGGCGGUUAUGGGAUAACACGGCGCGUUUUCAUUAAAUUACAUUUCCGAAGAGCGAUCCAUCCUUCUGCUGUUCAUAUUUUAAGAGCGCAAACAUUCCUCUCCAUGCAUUGGACGUAGAGUUCCGGAACGCAGAAGAGUUUGCGGCGCAUCGGACGGGAAACCAACAGUUUUCACAAACACUCGGACCGAUUAUCGGCUUCGCGUCUGGACCGUGACACACACGGUUUGAUAUUUGGAUGUAUCCUUAAAAGCGCUUGUGUCUUGGAAUGAUGCGCACGGUGCCAAACGCACACAGAUGUUGAGAAGUAGCCUUGCUAUGACGCUGCAGUUCGGGGAAUUUUUGGAUCAGAUAUGCGUUGUUUUCUUUACUUUGCGCUAAAAACUUCAGUCUUGCACUUUGAUCAUAUGUGAGAUUAUUCAUCACCCCUAUAAUUUUUAGUCAGCAGUGGGUUUGGAAGCACAUUGAUGGUUGCUUUGUAAUGUAAAGCAAUCAGGCGUUUUAUGUAUUCCUGCAUGUGCAUAAAUAUUAAACUGAUUUCAUUUUAAGUCCAUAAAGUUUCAUUUUGGUUUCCGGUAAGCAUCUUCAUAAGCAUCAUUAUCUUGUGCUGGGAAGCGCAUGUUAUUAUUUAUUCAUUUAAGGAAUAUUGGUUGUGUGUAACACUAUAUUUUGUUGCCACAUAGUUUCGCUUUAGUUCUUGGAUGAGAUGUUGCAUAAGUGAAGCGAUAGGAAGCGGUUAAAAUGCCACACUGAUGCGCAAUGACGCUUCUUGCUGUGCAAAUUUGUUGACGCAACCUGUGGACUCUUAAAUCCAUAGAUCUGGAAAGAAUCAGUCGCUUUGACCAGUGGAAGUUUGAGGUUGCACAACCCUGUUGUUGUCUGUUGUCUUGGAGCAGACAUAUAGUGGAUAUAUCAAGUAACCGUGCGCAACGUGAAAAGUUUCGAUGGUGUUUCGAAAGUUACCCGGUGUCUCAGCAUCGGGCAUGGGGCUUCGUCUCUCUCAGAAAUUCGUCUUUCUUCUCUUUCUGUCGGGUUUGGUUACUCUGUGCUUCGGGGCACUCUUCUUUCUACCCGACAGCGUGCGCCUAAAGCGCAUCUUUCUCUCCAAAAAUGAGAAUCCGGCGGUGACCGUGGGCUCCGAGAGCGAUGCCCGGGAGCUUUCAAAAAAGGUGCCCGGAGACCAAGAGCACCAACGAGCGUCUUUAAAGGGCGCCGAGGCGAAUGGUAAACUGAAAGUGAGCCGUAAGCCUUCAGUGACCCAUGGAGCGAGAACUGUGGAGAGGUCUGUUAGGACGCAGGACGACUGGACCCCGGCGAGGGCGCAUGAGCCGGCGGCCAGGGACGAGCGGGUCACCUCGCCUGCUCAUCACGGGCAACACAACUCUGGAUUCAACUAUGAGACUUUUAAAAAGUGUCUGGUGAAAGCACCUUUGGGGACGGAACGUGGAAAGCCAUCUGAUCCUCAGACUCUUCAGAGGAGAGAGAAGGUCAAAGAGAUGAUGAAGUUUGCCUGGGACAACUAUAAAAGUUAUGCAUGGGGAAAGAAUGAACUUCGACCUCUGACCAAGAAUGGACACAUUGGGAAUAUGUUUGGUGGUCUUCGGGGGGCUUCUAUCGUGGAUUCUCUGGACACACUUUACAUCAUGGGUCUGAUGGAUGAAUAUGAAGAAGCAAAGGAAUGGGUUCAGAACAACCUUGACCUUAACUCGAACGGAGAGGCGUCUGUGUUUGAGGUGAACAUUCGUUACGUUGGCGGUCUUCUGUCUGCCUUCUACCUGACCGGAGCUGAGAUAUUUAAACAGAAGGUGGUGGAGUUGGGCGAGAAGCUCUUACCCGCUUUCAACACGCCAACUGGCAUCCCCCGAGGAGUUAUUAACCUGGGCAGCAGUGGCACCAGUUGGAGUUGGGGAUGGGCGUCGGCCGGGAGCAGCAUCCUGGCGGAGUUCGGCACGCUGCACCUGGAGUUUCUUCACCUGUCUGAGGUUUCUGGAAACCCGACUUUUACUGAGAAGGUGUCAAACAUUCGAAAGCUGUUAAACAAAAUUGAGAAACCUCACGGCCUGUAUCCCAACUUUCUGAGUCCCGUCAGUGGAAACUGGGUACAGCAUCAUGUGUCUAUCGGAGGUCUUGGUGACAGUUUUUAUGAGUACCUCAUUAAAUCCUACUUGAUGUCAGACAAGACCGAUGAAGAAGCGAAGAGGAUGUACUACAGUGCUAUGGAGGCCAUCGAGACUAACCUGGUACAGAAGUCUCCGGGCGGGUUAACAUACGUGGCAGAGUGGAGGGGCGGCAUCCUCGACCACAAGAUGGGUCAUCUGGCCUGUUUCUCAGGUGGGAUGAUCGGCAUCGGUGCUGAUGAUGGACCUCAGGAGAAGAAACAACAUUACCUGGACCUGGCAGCUGAGAUCACUCACACCUGUCACGAGUCUUACAGUCGCACAGCCACUAAACUCGGACCAGAAGCGUUUCGCUUUGACGCAGGAGCAGAAGCGACAGCGACACGACUGAGUGACCGUUAUUACAUCCUGAGACCAGAGGUCAUUGAGAGUUACAUGUACAUGUGGCGUCUGACCCAUGACCCCAAAUACAGAGAGUGGGGAUGGGAGGCUGUGGAGGCAUUAGAGAAACACUGCCGGGUUGAUGCGGGUUUCUCGGGUAUCAGAGACGUCUACGCCUCUACAGUCAGUCAUGACAAUAUGCAGCAGAGCUUCUUUCUAUCCGAGACCCUCAAAUACCUGUACCUGCUGUUUUCGGACGACGAUCUGUUGCCCUUUGAGGAUUGGGUGUUUAAUACAGAAGCUCACCCGCUGCCCGUCAUACGCAAGAGCUGUCAACUGGAGCACAACACCAGACAGACGUCUUUGGAGUAAUAUUUACCAUUCCACACAUGUAAACACACACACACAUCUAAAUGCUGGGCCACGACCUUACGGGCCCUAACGUGAACUAUCAGAUCUUUUACUGUAAAGGAUCUGCUCCUCUAUACGCUGUGAUUGUAUAUCUCUGAGCCGCGACACCGGCUUUAUUUUCCUGUGGACAAUCAGUGACACGUGACUGUCGUGAGAAGAGAACGUUGUUUUCUUUGCUUCUUUCCUCCGUGAGGAAAACAAACAAACGUGCGGUCCUGGAGCCGCGGAGGGUCAUGCUGAGCGACAGAAAACCACUUUUCUUCACAUCCCACCUGUAAUUUAUCUUUUCUUUCAUCCUUUCAUUGUGUAUUCGGUUCUUGCCUUCUUCUGCCAAAGCCUUUAGCAUCUUUAUUUCAUUUUCUCUCCCAGCGUUUUUCAGUUUUUUAUGUCUAAUUUUGUGGUAUGAUUCGUUUUUAGAGGCAAUGAAAGAACAGAAUUGAGAAAAGUUUCCUUUGAAAAAUGUGAGUAUGAAAGGUGAAUUGAAAUGUAAGUUUGGUUUAAACAGGAAGCUGAUCAUAACAAACACAAACACAUUUACGGCAUGUGACCAAUAGAGCUGAGAUGUAGGUAAAUAUUGCUCUUUGUUACUGUAAAACAUUGUUAAAGACAGCUUAAACCAGAAUUUUGCUGUGUUUUCAUUAAUACUUUAAACAUUUUGAAUCUUUUUUGCCAUUGACGAGUUAUCUCGUCAAAUAAGAGAAAACGCUUCUCUGCCAAUGACGAGUUUUUACGGCAAUCCAUAUUUCUGCUAUUAUCCACUAGGUGGCAUUCUUAUGCUGCGUUUACACCAGCCGCGGUAGAGGCAGCAAGCAUGGGUGAUUUGCAUGUUAAGUCAAUGCAAAGACGCAAUUACACGCAGAUUAUUAACUUACGGCGCGGUACACGUGGUAAACGUGGCGCGAAUGGUGCGGAACGUGUGACGCGGAUGGGUGUUCCGUGCGAAUUGAGCUUCGCCGUGUUAACCAAUCAGGACCUUGCUGUAACGUGAUUACAGGAAGCGAGCGGAGUGGUGGAGUUUAGCAGAGUCGCAGAAGCCCCUCCCAUGACGCAAAUAUCCGUGUGAAUUUCUCGAAUGACUAGAAUUGACUAGAAUGACUCAAAUGUUCAAGCGUCCAACUACGCGCGAAUAGCGCGUUUUUGCCGCCUCUACCGCGGCUGGUGUAAACGCAACAUUACACAACUUAAUAAAACACUGAAGCAUCCACUGAUCCAAAAACAGUAAAAAAAAAAAACUCAGUUUAUGUUUUGUUCAUUGCUCUGAAACUGAUCUCUAUCAAAAGUUCUUUACAAAGUUUUUUGCUUUAAAUUUAAUACUUUUUUAUUAUUAUUUGAAAGCAGAGGGUCUGCUCUUUAAUUUGAUAUAUUGUAUGUUUAUAUAGAAGAAAAUCACAAAAAAAAUGGUGGCGCUGUGGCAUGCAACUGUUUUAAAAAACGCUGGCGGGGAAAGAGUUAAAUACUUUUGCUAAUAUGAUUACUCAUCAUUAGUGAAAAGUACUGUAAUGAUAACCCCCAAAAAUCAAACAGAAAUUCUGUGUUAAGUCUGCAGAUUCAAUCUGGCAACCCUGUUGAGAUGAAAUAUUACAAAAUGAAUUUAUUCCUCAAAGCCAAUUCACAUCCAGAAACGAGUUAUUUUAUUGAUGGCGUUCAGCUCUACUGGCCACAGUCAUCAUCAAACAUCAGUGAAUGUACAGAGGUUUCAUUAAUGAAUGAAUGUGUGUGUGAUUCAUUACUUAUUUUCUCUCUCUUUUCAAAUUUUUAUAAAAGAUUUGUUCUUUUUAUUUUUCUCAGGUGUUUCUGUAAAAGUUUUGAUUGCAGUUAUUUGCACUAUUAAUUAUCCUAGUGCUUAUCAUUGAUCGUUUUUACGUCUUCUGUCUCUCAUUGAUGAAUAUUUUCAAAUAAUGGUGAAAGAUAUGUGCGACUUUAUACAUUUAAAAUGAGUGCACAAAC